UCAUCAAAACUUGUACACAUUUGAAUGUCGCAUCUGUCAGGGAAAUUGAAAACCUUUCAACAAACUAGCUAACCACAAACCCAUCAUGGAUUAUAAACAUGACAGUUAACAAGAAAUGAAUGCCUUAAAGUUUUAUCUAUCAACUUCCAAGUAUGUCAUGCAAGCAAACUUCGCUGAUCGUGAUUCAUGGAGCGAACUGUAUCGAUAUCUCCCAUAUUUACGUCAGGCGUUGUCAUGUUGUGUGUGUAGAAACAUAGUUAAAAUCCCGAUGGGACCUAGUCAUAAAGUAUGCCAGCACUUCGUUUGCAAGGAAUGUGUCGAAAAACCAAUGACAAUUAAGCCACAAUGUAGUUGGUGUAAAAAACGAGAAAGUUUUGAAGAAUCAACCCAACUUCGAAUGGUUGUUUCUUGUUUUAAGAAAAUUUGUGAAUAUGUUAUGAGCUCUCCUAUUGGCACGGACCUCCAAGAGCAGGCACACAAUGGAGAAACAAAUUCUUUAGUUACAAUAUUGGAAGAAGGUGUUGAUUUUGAGGAUGAUUAUCAGUCACCACCAGUGAUCCCCAUUACAAUGCCUUCCCAGGUUCCAACAUCCACAGUAGAGCAACCAGCAGAAUCAGAAACAGAUUCAAAGGACAAACCUAUGAAAAGUAAAUCAAAGCUGAACAUUCAGCCCAAAAUAAAAAUGGAUAUAGAAAAGAAAUCACACAGAAAAAAAAUCAGACUAAAAAAAUAUAAAUGGUAUACAAAACCUAAAAAGAAAGUACCACUUAAGAGAAAUAACAUAAAGAAUUCAAAACUUUCUCAACGUAAUGAAAAUUUUGUCAAUGUUAUACCAUCUAGUGAAAUAAAAUAUGAGAUAAAGAGGGAAAGCAUAGAUGAGGGUCGACCAAAAUUAAAAGUUAAACUUCGAGCAAAGAAAGUUGACAAGUUCAAUGACACAAGAUUUGGCAGUGAUUGUGAAACCCUGAAGGGAAAUUUUGAUGAUACUGUGAAGGUUGACAAGUGUACAAGUAUAGAACCCUCAAUAAAGAAAUUAAAAUUGAUAUUUGGUGAAAAUGAAUUCAAAGUUUGCAAAUGUGGAAGAGGAGGAACUUCAAGUCAACUAACAUGUCUCGGUCAAAGAUGUCCAUGUUAUGUGAAGAAGUUGCCCUGUAUCAGGUGUAAAUGUAGAGGCUGUAGAAAUCCAAGGAAAUCUUUUGACUCUGAUACAGACCAAACUCUAAGGUCUUUCAAUUCUUCAGACCAUUUAUUUGUCUCCCUUUAGCAUGUUUAGCAAAUGUCUAUUUUUUUUUAAAAAAAAUUAUGAUUUUCAUUUUAUACACAUUGUAGUACUAUCAAGCAAAUGCUGUACUCAAUAACCUAAGGAAAUUCUGAUAUGUUCUUGAACAUAAACAGUCAGCAAAAUGUACAUUUUUGCUAAAAUUUGAAACCGAAUUUGAUCAGCUCCUGGCUAAAGUACAUGUUUGUGAUGGAAAUAUUUUAAAUGCAAUUAUAAUGAGCUAUAUUAGCAUGAGUAGAAAGUAAUUCAUUUCAACUCAUUUGAUAAUUUCUUUGGAUCUUUAAAAAAUAAUAUAUAAUGAUUGAUUAAAUAUUACAAGAAAAUAAACAUUUUUGAUGAUUGGGACUUUCAAGGAAUUGGGAACAUAUCAGAAUCAACCGUAGUUAACAGAGGAUCUAAAAAAAAACAUAUAUACUUUAGCAAAUUUGUUCUUUGCUCCACUUUUUUGAAUUGUGCAACAUGUUUAAAAAAAAACAACUGUGUGGUCAUACAUGUACAUGUAAAAAUUAUAUCUCCUGUCAAUGUUCAGAAUAUUUGGUCAAUUAAGACUGACUGAAUGGACAGGAAAGGAAAAACUUAACUUGAUACUGACUUUACAUUAUGUGUUGUUGAAGGCCACAGUUUAUACCUUCUACAUCAUACUUGUCUCAUAGGGGAUCAUACCACAUCUCAUUAUUUUUAUAUUUUGAGACAAACUUGUAAAGGGAGAUAAUAAUUUCAUAUUAAACUUUGAUUUAUCUCUCUUUACUUGACAGACACAAACUACAUGUAUGUAUCUUUAUAGAGGCUAUCUAUUCAUUGUAAUGACUCAGAUGUUUAAGAGAAUUCUGGGAAAAGAAAAGUGGGGUUGUCUAAAAUUAGCUAUUGGUAAAUAUCUAAAAAAAAAAUAGUUCUUAACAAAUAAUUAAAUUUUUAAUAUGUUACACAGCUUCUGGUCAAUUGUCUGUUGAAUGAUCAUGAUUAUGUCAUAUGUAAAUACACACUUAUACAUUUGUACAAAUUGUCUUUCAAUACAUUUCAGAAUUGUCCAUCUAUUUAUAGCAUUUUGACUUUUCUUUUAUAUUGUACUUCAUUUGUGGUUAAAAGUAAAUUAACAAAUUAACUCCAAAGAUAAUUCAAAACGGAAAGUCCCUUAUCAAAUGGCAAAAUCAAAAGCUCAAACACAUCAAAUGAAUGGAAAACAACUGUCGUAUUUCUGACUUGGUACAGGCGUUUCCUUAUGUAGAAAAUGGUGGAUUAAACCUGGUUUUAUAGCUAGCUAAACCUCUCACUUGAAUGACAGUUGCAUAAAAAGAUUAAGACAUCAUAAUACAUUUGAAAUUUCAGGUAGAAUAGGAGUAUAACAUUCCAUGAAAGGAUUUUUUGUUAACUAGACAACAAUUCUACACUGAGUGAUAAUUAAGGGCAGCAACAUACUCCGAUACCACUUCUAGUCUUCAGGUAUUCUUCAGAUUUGUAAAGGAAAAUAUAUAUAAAGGUCUAAUAUAGAACGACCCUUUAAAUAGGCUAACAAACAGCCUAAUAAACCAUGAUAACAUAUUAAAUGUAAAAGAUAUUAGAUGCAACAGAUUAUGGUGUAAAUACAUAAAAAUAUUAGUUAAGUAGCUUUCUAGUUGUUUAGAUUUAUUUAGAAAAUAUUAGGGCAUAUGAAGUAAUUGUUAAAUUUGUUAAUAAGGUCAAUAAAGAUUAGAUUUACUGUUCUCGGGCCAACUCAUACGAUAUGCUUUUUCAGCUGCCAGAAUGUGGUUUUAUAUCUUGUAAAAAAUAUUUGAAUUCUUGUUCAACAUAUGUAAUAUAUGUUUUUUAAAUAACAAUUGAGGGGUCCUGAAGACUUAAUUCAGAAAUUAUUCAUAAUUGCGAGGUUUUUAUUAAUGCGAAUAUUGCAAAUGGUUGAGUAUUGCAAUAAUAAGAACUCGCAUGCUGAUGUCAGAUACAUACAUAUGUAUUCAGCUUUACUUAAAAUCGCAAUAAUUAAUCUUGCAUUUUGUUCAUUCUUCGGAAAUCGCAAUGAUAAAUGCAUGCAAUAAUUUCUAAAUUUACAUUAAAUCAGUUCAAUCACUCGAAUGUUUUUACUCAUUGUUCUGACAAAGAUUAUAUCAUGUUAAUAUAAGCAUUAGAUUGGAAAAUUAAUUCAAAUAUAGAAUUUUGAAGAAGCCUUUAUGUCGUUGUUGUCAAUUAGGAUUAAACAUCAAUUUGCGCAUUCUAUUAAGAACAAGUCAUGAAUGUCGAGAUUUAAUGACUUUUGACCAAAAUUAUCAUCUAUCUACCAAUGAAAGGAAAGGAAAAAUUAUCUUUCUUACUCCUCUGGUUUCAAAAAAUGGCCUGAGAACCAUAAAAUUAAUUUUGUGUUGCCUAAUUUAUUUCUUUUUGAUUGUUUAGAAUUGUAAAUACUGUGUACAUGUACAAUACAUGAAAAUGCACUUGUUGAUUUUAGUUUUUUAUGUUAACAUUUUAGAUCUGAAAUGAAAUGCUCAUUUAUUGUGAAUGUUGUUUUGCCCUAUCAUUAAAUUGAAUAUUAAUCAUGUUAAUAUACAACUGUUAAUGCAGAAUUUAUCAAGAGCUUCUGAAAUCAUGUUAAAAAAAUCAAAAAGAGGUUUUAAACUGACUCUCACAUGUAUCAUAUAUAUUAAUGAUAAGAAACUUUUAAUACUAUAAACAAAUGUAUAUCAUUAUUGGUAUUAAAAGCUUAUAAAUCCUUUACAUUUAUCAUGUAUUCAGUAAAAAUCAGUCAACUAAUUUAGUUUUGUAUCUUUUGAUGCUACAGCUAAAUUUUGUCCUGAGAGAAUACUUGAUUGUUACUGCAUCUAGAAAUGAUUGAUAUUAAACUCCCUUUUCAUAUAAUGGAAGUGUGCAACAAAAACCUUCACAACUAGCUCCUGUACUUUUGUGAAAAAAUAAUUUGGGAAUUAGCUUAUGGACUUUUAUUUGUAAGACCUUACUCUUGCAGUAACAGCUUCCUUUGAAAUUGUUUCUAAGAGGAAAGUUAUUUAUCACACCAUUCAUGUAAUUAUCUUUUAGAAAUCUGAAAUUCAUAAGUAAAAGACUCAAUAUCUAAAAAGUGAAACAAGAAGCUAAAGGAAAAAAAAAAACUAAAUGAUUUAGGUUAUUAAUUAAAAAAAAUUAUUAAUAUGUAUCAAAAGUGAAUCAAUAAUUAUUCAAAUUUAUAUACUGUCAUGAGAAAGGAAUUUUAAUUUUAAUUACAAUGUAUUACCUGUAUUUAAAUUUUGUCACAUUAUAGUGCUUGUUCAUCGUUAAUUUGGCCAUGCAUUUUAAAUCAUGUCAUUGUUAUACUAUACGUUAAUUAGCAUUGUACUUAAAUGUUAUUAAUGGUUGUUACUACCGGUAGUUCUCUUGUUAUUUCCCUGUAUGUUAUCCCAUUAAAGUGCAGUUUCAAAAUA